AUGUUAAACCAACGACGAACUAAACUUGAAGAUUUGACUGAUAUUUCAAUCGAAUGCAUCGGCUUGGCGAAGCAACACCUCGAAGUCAUCAAGUCACUCACAGAUGUCAAACUGAUGUACAUACACUGCUACCAGUUGAUGAAACUGGGAGGGUUAGAAGCCGAAGUGCCCAGACUGGUAGUGUUCGGACAGCAAUCGAUGGGAAAGACAACACUGCUGGACUUUAUCAUGGGAGGGCCAAUAGGAUACUCGAGCACAGACACAGGAACGAAGCAGCCAGUCUCAAUCAUCAUGAAGCCCUUAACGACACUGAACACACUGAAGGAGACCCUCAAGGAAAACAUGAAGGAGGGCUCGAAGGCAAACCUGAAGGAGAAGUACAAGGGCAACGAGGAGAUACUGCUGAACGAGACGAACUCGAUAGUGUGCAAGUUCAACGGAAGGUUCAUGACAAUACACGAAGUGCAAGACGCAAUGCGCGUGCACAUGCAAUCGCUGGGACAGACGAUAUUAUCAGACGAGCUGGAGGUUGAGGUGUACGUGCCGAACGCACUGUACGCAAUAUUCGUGGACCUCCCGGGAAUCAAGGACGACUCUAAGGUGGGAGCAGAGCUUACGAGAAGCGUGGUGAGAAACUACGUCUCGAAUAACCCGAACGACCUGUACAUCCUGGUAAAAAAGGCAAGCGACGACCCUAGUAACUGGCCGUGGUCGCUGAAGGAGUUCAUCACGAGCUCGGCACCAGCAGGGCUAGGUCUGACGCCGCAGCAGACGAUGGUGGUGGGCACGAGAGCGAAGGAGUUCCUUCUCAACGAGAAGACGGACAUAAAGACGUACGAGGAGCUGGUGGAGAGAGUGUACAAGCGUGGAGUUGUGGACUCGAAGGGUCAGAUGCUGCCGCUGCACCUGCUGGAGCUCUUCAGCCUCUCGAUCCAGGCGAAGGAAAGCGGAGACUUCCUGAGCAACAGAGACGACAUGAAGGCGCAAAUCUCGACCUCGCAGAAGCAGAUCUACGACCUGCUGGUUAACUCGUUCAACUCGACGAACCUGGGCGACGAGGACAGACUGAAGGAGGAGCUAUUCAACAUCUUCAGCAUCGACUCGUUCCUGAAGACGCUGAACCACAAGUUCCAGUCACUGAUGACGAAUCAGCUGAAUAACCUGGAGAGAAGGCUCGUGAGGAAGAAAAUAGAGCUGGAGAGGCAAAUAGCGGCAAUGGACGGGAAGCUGAGCAGGUUCUCGCCGCAGAGUCUGCGCGAGAGCAUAAAGCAGUUUAUAAGGCAGCUGAUAGAAGUGGUGCACAACAUGAUCACAGGAAACUACACGAUCAUGAAGUUGCCGAUAGCGCCGGAGCAGUUCAUGAAGAUAUACGGAGGGAACCUGCACGAUAACCUGCAGGACGGACACGAGUUGGCACUAAACCUGUUUCCGAUGCCGGAAAUGUACGACCCGGAGUUUUAUAGUAAGAUCAUGAAGAGGACGGAGGUGCUCUACAAGAAGAAGCUGACGAUGAUGGACUGCAUCAAGCCAGGAAGGUACGUGCGCUACUUCACGUCGCGAGUAAACUCGCACAUGUUCGGCCUUAUAGAGCCGCCGAGCAGGACGAACAACAGCAACAACGGACUGGACAUCAACUUUGACCUGUUGAACAAGGACUACGGCUCAGAUGAGCUGAUCAACGUGGAAUUCAUCCAGAUCAACAACGGAGUGGAGACGAGUCUGCACAAGAACAUAGACAGAAACAAGCUGGUGCUGCUGACGCCGCUGCCAAGCGUGUCAAUAGAGCGCCUGCAGGUGCCGCUCUACGCCUGGCACAAGACGCAGGCGUCGACAGGCUGGGUGCUGGUGAGGCCGAUCAUCAUAGACAGGCUGCCGCCGGAAAUUUUGAUACAAAAGAGCAACUACAGAGAAGUUGACAUAGCAAACAAGCAAAUCUCGUUCAGAUACCUGGACGAGUCCUCAGUGGACAACACAAACGUAAACACGAGCGACAACGAGUACCCAGUGAACCAGAGAGGAGACAGCGGAGCAGGCCUGGGCGCAGCAGCGGGAGCGUCGAAGGACGGAAAGGAGCCCAAGGACGCAAAGGAUAACCUGGGAGCCUCCAAGGACAAGUUCAAGGACAAAUUCAAGGACAAGUACGGAGGAAACACGACGACAGGGUCGAGCCAGACGAACCCGUCCUCGGGGUCGAAGGAGGAGAAGGAAAACGUGAAGUACGGAGACAGGUAUUUGUACUUCACGAACUGCAGUGAGAUAUACCUUGAGGACAAAACGUCGACGCCCUACUUCAACAGCGCCCUGGAAAUGGUGAGUGGUGAGCACGCAGACAGUAACCUGCUGAACCAGCUGGCAUUCACAAACGUGAGCCACUGGCUUAAAUUCCACAUCAAGCACAUGGAGCCUGAGCAGGUGUACACCUCAGGAGUCCUCUACCAAAUGCUUAGAAGCAUACACCACGUCGUCGACAGAGCGGACUGGGAGCCGCUGGUGGCAGACCUGGUGCAGAGCAACGUGAGAGGCACGCUGCUGCACGCGGCAAGGCUGAGCGCCUGCGCGUGCGCAGCGGCACUGCGCCGCGUGCUGCGAGCGAGUCUCUCGGAGGUGUUCAGGUGCAUACAGAUCAACGACCUGGACCACUCGCUGCUGGGACUGAGCGAAAGCCUGCACUUCCAGGAACAAAUUGACCAGCUGAGCGAGGAGUUCUGUAGACAGAAGGCACUCGAGUGCAGCAACGACAUGAGGAACCUGAUCCUGGAGCAGACGUACUCAAUACAGUUCGACGUGGCAGUGGACAUCUUCGACUCGUGCAACGAGUUCGAAAAGUACUUCAUUAACACGAACAAGUACCGAGGACACAUGCAGGAGUUCCUGAACAACGUGAAGGAAAACAUGGCAAUCAGGAAGAGAAGGCUCGCAAUGAACGACCUCUUCGAAAAGGGCGACACGAAGAACAGCAUCGAGCUCAUCUACGAGGAGGUCAAGGUGCAGUUCUGGGCCACGAAGAUGCUGCUCUCCUCGCCGCUCACGAGCAAGCUCUACUCGCACUUCAUCAAAAACGUGCUCGAGAAGAAGCAGGUGCUCAACGAGGACCCGGCGAUCAAGCUCGAGGCGGAGUUCGAGGAGUUUUUGCAGAGCAACAUCCUCUACGAGUUCGUCGACGGGAACCUCGUGCCCAAGAACAACGCUAAGCUGAGCAACGACUACGACCUCAACGUCAAGUUCGACCGCUUCAUCCAGAAGUACAACAAGACGAAGCGCAUCCUGGAGUACGUGACCUACGCGCUCGAGGGCAUCACGAAGUUCAAGCAUCACGCGCACUCUGAGGAGGUGGUCAACUUCCUGUCGCACCUGACGCUGUAG